AUGUUGGGUGAAAAUUUUUUAAACGAAGAUGAAAGAAUGGAUUUUUAUGCAGAACCUGUGCACAAAAGACGCGAUUCAUUACACGUUCUUCUCAUGGGUAAUAUACCUCUACUUGAAUACUUUCUUUCUUUUUUAUUCUUCCCGCUGAUAAACUCACAUUUUUCUGAGGAACGAGUGACUGGCGAUCCGGGAAUUGGCAAGAGCCAGCUACUCCGGGCUGUAACUAGCAUAGCACCGCGCUCUGUAUACGUCUGCGGCAAUUCGGCAACCUCAGCCGGGCUUACAGUUAGCACAACGCGUACAUCAAGUGCUAGUGGCGGUUUCGGUCUAGAAGCCGGUGCGCUAGUGCUUGCCGACCGAGGCUGUUGUUGCCUGGAUGAAUUUGAUAAACUGCCAACGCAUGAGCCAGACGUGCUUCUCGAGGCCAUGGAGCAGCAAACUAUCAGCCUAGCUCGCGGCGGCGUUGUCGCUAGUCUUCCAGCCCGAGUAACUUUGAUUGCGGCCGCUAAUCCAGUCGGUGGGCACUACGAUUUGUCUCGUCGACUCCAGGCUAACAUCAGGCUCCCAGAUGCUUUGCUUUCACGGUACCAUCAAUACCUCCACCUUUCUUAA